UUUUAGUCAGCCUACGAAAGUAUCAGAAAUCAGCCGACCUUUAGUUCAUUAGCUGAUCUUGUAAUCUACACAUUUCUAAAUUUGUCAGACAAGCGAUGGAGUCUCCACAUCCUUAUUUUCCAAAAGACGUCGUCAUUCCAAACUACGUUCCUAAUGAGGGAUCAACUUUAGAGAUACUUGCAAAGUUUGGUGCAAUUACAGUUGUAGUUGUAGGUGGUACAUAUGCCUUAGCAGCCAAAUCAAAACUUGGUUUUAGUUCUAUAGAAAAAGCUAAAAUAUGUUGGCUGUCUGCUUGUUUCUUCAUUCAUUUCUUUCUGGAAGGCUAUUUCAGUUUAAACUAUGACACUUUUCCAGAGAAACAAAAUUUUCUAGCUCGUUGUUGGAAAGAAUAUAGUAAAGGUGAUAGUCGAUAUAUUCUAAAAGAUACGUUUACUGUUUGUAUGGAAACAAUAACUGCCUUUAUUGAUGGGCCACUUUGUCUUAUAGCAGUUUAUGCAUUUCUAACAAAUAAACCUUACAGAUAUAUAGUUCAACUAAUCGUAUCUCUCUGUCAACUAUAUGGAGAUAUCUUAUAUUUGUCAACUGAAGCAUUCGAAGGUUUUCAACACGGUGAAAUUUUCCAUCCAAUAUACUUUUGGUUCUAUUUCUUCUUCAUGAAUAUUCUCUGGAUAAUUAUUCCAUUUGGCUGUAUUGUUGAAAGCUUUCAUAAAUUAUCAAAGGCACAGUCGACCGAUGACAGCAUGCAAAAGAAAAAGGCAUAAGAAUCAUUUUCUUUGAAAUUAGGUUUUUGAUUUAUUAAAUGAACAGUAAUAAUACAUUAUGUAUUAUUUUUUAUUUUGAUCAAAGUUGAUUGUUUGUUUUUUAAAUAUAAUUAUUCAAUGAAUGAUA